CAUUGACUCUCCACUCUCCCCUCUCCGCCUUCGAGCGCCGCGAUACAGGCCUGUAUAGCACCCAAGAGUGCUCCCAGCAUGGCCUUCCUCCGCUCCGCCGCCUGCAGGCGCCUUCUACAGACUCUCCCAACCACCACAGCCACGUCGUCGUUUACCCUCCGCUCCAAGCUUUGCACACUGCCCGCAGUCUCCCGUCAAACGACAUUGAGCGCCGCCAAGCCUUUUGCUAGCCCAAAGACACUCGCAUUGGUACGAUGGCAGAGCCGGAGUGGCUCUGGCGACCGCAAAAUGGUCGAUGAGAUUGACGAGCGUCACGAAUCCGAGCUUCGGAAGGAGAAAUUGACCGCGAACCCGGACCUUGUUAGUACCAGCUCUUCGACGCAUCCACUCAUGGGCGAAGUUGGCGCCGCGGCUGGUCAGCGAGGUCAGCACGAAGACGAUACGGAGAUGCUGGCAGGAGUCAAGGGCGAUCAGAAAACAAUCGUUGACACCUUCAGCCUUGAGGGUGUGCCGAAGGAAGCCUACUACGUAGGUCUGGCAGGUGUCUUGCCGUACUUGGCAACUUCACUUAGCACGGUCUACUGCGCUUGGGAGAUCAACCACGCGUCCGAGACGGGUGCUGGGUUUCUCAUGAGCGAUAAGACGGCAGAGCUCGCACUACAUGUCAUCGAGCCGUUGCAGAUCGGUUACGGCGCUGUGAUCAUCUCCUUCCUCGGUGCCAUUCAUUGGGGUCUGGAAUGGGCCGGCUACGGCGGCCACCGCGGCUAUCCUCGCUACAUGAUCGGCGUGGUGUCCACUGGCCUCGCAUGGCCUACCAUCCUGCUCCCGGCCGAAUAUGCUCUGAUCUCGCAAUUCCUCAUCUUCAACUUCCUCUACUACACUGACUCCCGCGCCACCCAGCGCGGUUGGUGUCCGCCAUGGUACUCUGUCUACCGCUUCGUACUCACCUUCAUUGUGGGUGGCGCAAUCGUGGUGUCCUUGAUUGGACGUGGACAGAUUGCGGACAGAAUCGGCAAGUUGCCGGGUCCGGCGGACCGGAUCAAGGCGCUGAGAGAGAGCCAGUACGCGCAGCUCGAAGAGGAAGAGGAGGCGCGGAGACGCUUCUUGGCUGACAAGGAUGAGGAGGAAGAAGAGGAAGGUGAGGAAGGUGAGGAGGAGGAGGGCGAGGAAGAGUAAAGGAGGUUGCACUCGUAAGUUCAAUGGGGGCGAUUCGAUCGCUCUGGUAGGCUGUGGCAUUGGGUGUAUGUGCAAAGCGUCGGCUACCGAAUCGUCUGCGGACCGGCGCUCACCCAAGCCGGCAGAAACGUUACCACCAGGACUACGCAUACCACGAAUGCUGAGGUGUCGCUGUAUAUUAGGCGAACUUAUGCACCUGUAUACAACCAUUCCACACUGGCGCGCCAGCGUCCGCUGAGUGUACACAUUAGCCUUUGUGUUAUCGAUGCAAACAUCAUCUCUGUGCCGAAUCGGGUUGUCCCGUAAGCCUGCCGCCCGUUUAGCACGAAAGGUAGCUCGGUACUACGUACUUCACAC